AUGUCUUCUACUUCAACCAAAAUAGGCCAUGGCUUUGCCUGGUUCUUUAACUUGAACCUCGACCCUUAUGGACAACGUGAAGCUGAGCGCACCGACUCAAGAGACGCGUCUCAUGCUCAUCCCAAUGUCGAGCCCUACGACGAAAAGGACCCGACCGCGGUCGACUGGCUCGUGAGUGUUACGCCAACACCUCGAGGGAUCUUCCAAUAUUUCUACCGCCUAUUUCCGUUCCUUCACUGGAUUACCAGAUAUAAUAUGACAUGGUUUAUUGGUGAUCUUAUUGCUGGUAUCACGGUCGGUGCCGUAGUGGUGCCUCAAGGCAUGGCUUACGCAAUACUGGCGGAGCUUGAGCCUCAAUAUGGCCUCUACUCAUCAUUCAUGGGUGUCCUUAUCUAUUGGUUCUUUGCAACUUCUAAGGAUAUUACAAUCGGACCUGUCGCUGUCAUGUCGACUGUCACCGGCGGCAUCGUCAACAGAGCAGAGGCGGCUAUUCCUGAUGUUCCGGGUCACGUUGUAGCGUCUGCGCUCGCCGUCAUUGUCGGCGCGAUUGUAUGUUUCCUUGGGUUGGCACGGCUUGGUUGGAUCGUCGAUUUCAUUCCUCUGCCUUCGAUUGCUGCCUUUAUGACUGGAUCCGGAAUCAGCAUCGCGGUCGGACAAAUACCCACGAUGAUGGGCAUGAACAGCAAGAAGAAGCGAUUUUCGACACGAGAUCCCACUUAUCUGGUUAUCAUCAACACCUUGAAGAACCUCAAAUACACGACUAUCGACGCUGCUAUGGGUCUCACAGCUUUACUGAUGCUGUAUAUCAUUAGGGGAACUUGCACGUAUCUCGCUAAGAAGUAUCCUCACCGAGAGAAGACACUCUUCUUCGUCUCCACCCUCCGGACUGCUUUCGUCAUAUUGCUAUAUACUGCAAUCAGCGCCGGUGUCAAUCUUCACCGCCGUAGCAACCCUCUUUUCGGUGUUCUCGGCGAAGUUCCUCGAGGAUUUCAACAUGCUGCGGUUCCUAAUCUCGACCCUAAGAUUCUCUCCUUCUUUACCUCCGAGCUUCCCGCAGCCGUUAUCGUUGUCUUGAUCGAACAUAUCUCCAUCUCGAAGUCGUUCGGCCGUAUUAAUAACUACGUCAUUGACCCUUCGCAGGAAUUGGUCGCUAUUGGUGUCAGUAACCUCUUAGGUCCCUUCCUUGGUGCAUAUCCGGCUACUGGAUCUUUCUCCCGAACGGCUAUUAAGGCGAAGUCCGGUGUGCGUACGCCAUUCGCCGGUGUCAUUACUGCGAUCGUCGUGCUCCUUGCUCUCUACGCGUUGACGGCCGUCUUUUGGUAUAUCCCCCAAGCUUCUCUAGCCGCUGUAAUUAUCCACGCAGUCUUAGACGUUGUGUCUCCGCCGAACGUUGUGUAUCAAUUCUGGAGAAUUUCCCCCUUGGAGGUUAUCAUCUUCUUUGCUGGAGUUUUGGUAACUAUCUUCGACGGUAUUGAGGAUGGUAUCUACACCACAGUCUGCGUGUCCUUUGCCGUCUUCGUUUUCCGCUUAUUCCAGGCAAAGGGUCGGUUCCUCGGAGUUGCCACUGUUAGAACUGUUGGGGAUAUAAGAUCCAGCAGGCGUACUGGCUCAAGCCAGACCUUGUCCCAAGAUCAAAAGACCCCCUUGACGUUGAGGGAAGGCCACAUUUCGAGCGAGCGCAAUCUAUUUAUCCCGAUCGACCAUGAAGACAACUCGAAUCCUCGCGUACCCGUUUCUCAUCCCUACCCUGGCGUAUUUAUCUACCAAUUUUCGGAGCUAUUCAACUAUCCGAACGCAACUCGCUUCUUAGAUGGUCUUACAGCUGGAAUUUUCAAAGCCACGCGAAGGACCGAUCCGGAAUCUCUCGGAAAACUGGGUGACCGUCCCUGGAAUGACCCUGGUCCUCGUAAGGGCAAGGUUGUUGUAGACGAUACAGCAGAGCGACCUACUCUAAGAGCCAUCAUUCUAGACUGUUCUGCCAUUAAUAACGUGGAUGCGACUUCAGUUCAAGCCUUAAUCGACGUGCGUAACCAAUUAGAUAGGUAUACCCAGCCUGAUAUUGUCGAGUGGCACUUUGCCAAUGUUAGGAACGCCUGGACUCGUCGCGCUCUUGUCGCCGCUGGUUUUGGGUUCUUACAGCCCAAAGGAGACGCUGAAGCUGGCCAUCGCUGGAAAGCUAUUUUCAGUGUCGCCGAUCUGGCGGAUGCCGCAUCACCGCUUUCCAGAGAAAGUCACCUUGGAGAAAAGGGGGCGGUCGAGAAACGCACGAGCCAUGGCGACGAAGAGAUCGGCGCACAGCCAUCUUCGAUCACCGAAGAUGAGAGUUCCACUCACCAAGUGCCCGUUUAUGGCCUUAACCGGCCGUUCUUCCAUGCGGAUGUACAGGAAGCUUUCGACGCGGUGCUAGAGAAUGUCGAAUACCGACCUCCCGUUUUUAAGGCCUAG